AUGGCAUCAUUUCGGGUCGUUGAACAUGUCCUGCCCGGCCAGCACAUCCGCGAAUAUCAUCAUAGUAUUAAGGGUCGCCAGGAAGCCAAGAUCCAGCUAGCCGUCAAGCAAUACAUCCCGCUGGACCAGCCCCACCCCAUCCCCGACAAUGCAGUCACCAUUAUCGGAAUGCAUGGAAAUGGCUCUCUCAAGGAGAUGCUGGAGCCCCUGUGGGAUGAUCUGUACGCGCAUCUGAAAAGACAGUCUGUGCCAUUGCGCGGGAUAUGGAUUGCCGAUGUGUCGAACCAAGGUGCCAGCGGCGUUUUGAAUGAGGAUAUCCAGGGCGAUACCACGAGCUGGUACGACCACUCACGCGACGUCCUACACAUGGUCAAUCACUUUCGCGACGAGAUGCCCCGGCCCCUCAUCGGGGUAGCGCACAGCGUAGGAUGCGCCGUAAUGGUGAACCUUUCCAUCAUCCAUCCCCGUCUAUUGUCAACGCUGGUUCUGUAUGAACCCGUGAUCAUGGAGCUCAUCUUCAAGGGACCCAACCCGGCAAAGUGGCCCGCUCGCCGCAAAGACAUCUGGGACUCUCGCGAAAAAGCCGAGUCCGCGCUUCGCCGCGGCCUGAGCAAGUGGGACCCCCGGGUCGCCGAGCGGUAUCUCCGCUACGGCCUGCGAGCCGUUCCUACACGGCUAUACAACAAACAGACACAUCCGGAUCUGUCCGAAAAUGCCGUGACACUGACUACAACCAAACACCAUGAAGCAUGGGGCUACACGACCCCCAGCAUAGAGCCCGAGUCCGCGGGUCUAGACCGGCUCUUACUACCAGACUGGGAUGUUGAGAACGAACGCCCAUAUGCAUUCUCGCGACCGGAGUGCUGGUCUUCAUGGCGGAAUUUGCCUUUCGUGCGUCCGAGUGUCUUUUGGGUGUUCGGGGAGUACAGCUAUGUCUCUUCGCGAGAGUCGGAAGAGACCAAGAUGCGAGUGACGGGCACUGGAACGGGAGGCAGCGGCGGUGCAGCGAAGGGUAUGGUGGAGAAAGUUCUGCUAGAGAAGGGAAGUCAUAAUUUGGUUUAUGAGCAGGUGGACUGGAGCGCUAGAGUGGGAGCUGAUUGGAUUGGGCGCUGGUUCCGGGGGUGGUUGGCUGAUGAGGAAUUUUGGAACACGUAUCAGAGUAAGAGGUCCGAUGCUGAGAUGCUUAGGCUGUCGGAUGCAUCGUUGAAGGUGACUGAGAUGCCGAAUGGUGCCAGGAGGUUCAAGGGGAAGUUGUAA